AUGGAAUUCAUGCCAUGGGUGGGGCUGUAUAUUUGUGCAGCAUCUUUAGUAUGUACACUUGCAAUGGCAGCAGAUGUUUUUAAUGGCUUUAGACUAGGGAAACUGUGGUUUCCAUGCCGGUUUUUCACUGUCAAUGCGGUUUCAAUCACGGUGAUUGCCAUAGCAAUGAAGCUACUAGUAGAUCUAAGCGCAAACACAGAGGAUGACGAUAAUGCAAAGGAUGCCAGCAUAUUUUUUUUGGUCACCAUGGUAGCCAGUUUUCUUCCUUCUUUGGGGCUUAUGGGUGACAAAGAACUUCUCAUUAACAUCAUAGCCUUUGGUAUUCUAUUAAUCACCAUACUUGUUAAUAUAUCGGUGGUGGGUGGUUUAAUUGGUGUAUACGUGUUACCUUGUCUGUUGGCAUUCUCGGUAGCUUUGACAGUUCCAGCAUCUAGAAGGAACUUAGAACUACAGUACAAGGGGUUACGCAGAUUGGCUUCAAAUCAUGACGAGAUAAAUUUCUCUUACGAAGAGCUUGCUCAUUAUGUUAAAAUGCAUUGGAUGAUGGCAGAAACAGGUGACCCCCAAUUUGCGAUAGCUUGUUCACAGAUUUCUUUUUCUUUUGUGGCUAUAUGUUCAUAUUUUGCCAUCAGUGCCGUCAUUUCACUUAGAUAUCCAUACUUCCCUGAUAGAGAUGCAUCUGAUUAUCAGUGGUCAAUCAAGAUUAUUUUUUAUGUGCAAUAUGUUGGGGUUUUACUAGGCUGUGUAGCACCAAUAUCUAGAUGUUUUACUGUUACCAGUUAUCUCAAGCCUUCUAAGAAAUGGAGCAAGAACCAUCUAAACGUGUUCAAAGUUGAAAAACAAUGGAUAGAAAGACUUGAGCAAUGGAAACGCAUCCACGUCCGUUCUCAUAUCCCAGGGCGCCAUUGCAAAAAGGUUUUCCACCUGGUCAAAAACAUGAUUUUGAACAUUUGUAUUGCACUACAGAUCGUGGCUGCAGUUAUAUGUAAAAUGAUUUGCCUUCUUCCUAGAUGUUUCCUGAUCUUAUUCUUUUAUUGUUGGUAUCUCUGCAAAUUAUUAUUGAAAAGGUUUAAAUGGGGGUCAAAAAAUGACUACAUAAGUGAAGAAGAGGUGGAAAAAUAUGCCAAGUAUGUUAUGCUAGCCGAAGAAGAGGCGAACCUUUCAGAGAGAAUAUUGACAAAUAUGCUUCGAUCUAUAACUAAACUUAUUAAAGUAUCUACAGAGAAGGAGCCGAAAAAUCUUAUGAAGCUAAUUCUAGAUAAAUCUACUGGAUUCAAUGGAGUAAUAAAGUUCGACAAUGAUGAAGUCCCUCCUCUAUAUCCUGAAGAAACCCAGAAUUGUUGGAGCCUAGUAGCGGUAACGUUAAUGACUAUUGCAAUUGCACUUCCUAACAUUUCAAAUAGACAUGUCAAAGAAUUACUUGCUAGUAUGCGAGAAGGACUCCAAAUCGUAAGAAAUAUUGAAGAAACCCUCAAUGAUAAUGCUGAAUUGGUAGGUGCGAGAAAAGCAGCUAGACAUUUGUGGACAGAAGUUGAAUUAUACAACAAGUGGCUACAUAUUGAUCUUCAAAAGAAGUUUAGCAAGUCAAAGUCAACAAACCAGAUUCUUCAAUGUUCCAUGUAUAGAAUUAGUCAAACCAUACUUCUCCACUGUAAUACGCAAGAAAAUUGGCCAAAUGAUGGGGAACUUUUUGAGUGGAUAUCAACAAUAAUUGCGGACAUAUUCUGUGCUUGCUUUACCAACUUACCAAGUGUCAUAAAAAUGAAGUGUCAUCACGAUGCAAUAGAGAAAAGGAGAGACAGUAUUCAGAUUGCUGCUCGGCUUCUUGGUAAAUCCAAAAAGAUUCUUGAGAUCCUCGAAGAUCGCCAACUUCCAAAUUUAGAUAUAGACUCGAUGGCCUAUAUCAAUAAGUGGCGAGCUUUGCCAAAUAGUCAAACACCUAACCGUUGUACUUCUUCAACCAGAGUUCAGCUUACUUCUUCAAGAUCUAGUGAUUUGCUCAUGCAAAAAUUUCCUAUAAGGAACUCAACAUUUCUCAAAACCAAUAGCUCCGCACCAUCCCAUAUUGAUUCGCCACCUUCGUUCCAAUUGCCUGCCCUCGGCAAGAAUUUUAGCAUGAUGAUUAAUGCAAGAACUCAAGCCAAUUACAUCAUAGAGAUUUUGAUGACCAAACUCAUGUUAAUGAGCAGAAACUUGGAGUUGGACAAGUAUUUGGCUGGAAUUUCCAACACAAAAGAUAACCGUAUUGAUUCACAGAAGUAA